AUGGGCUCAAACAAGCCCCGAGAGCUUGGUACAGUCGUAUUGAAGGAUAUUUCUUGGAUGAGGAGUUUGAGAGGUGUCCGAGCGAAAGGAGGUAAAAUUCUCAUUGUCAGCUUGUAUGUUGAUGACUUAAUAUUCACUGGAAAUGAUAGAGCUAUGUGUGAUGAGUUUAAGAAGUCGAUGACGAUGGAAUUUGAGAUGUCAGAUUUGGGAAAAAUGAAACAUUUUCUUGGGGUAGAGGUGAAGCAGAGUGUUAAUGGGAUUUUUAUUUGUCAAAAACGGUAUGCUCGUGAAGUUUUAGCAAGGUUUGGAAUGGAAGAAAGCAAUGCUGUUAAAAAUCCAAUUGUGCCGAGAACGAAGCUCACAAAAGAUGAGAAUGGCGAGAAGGUGGAUGCAACUAUGUUCAAGCAAUUGGUUGGGAGUCUUAUGUAUCUAACAGUGACCAGGCCGAAUUUAAUGUAUGGAGUAUGUCUCAUAAGUCGAUUCAUGGCAAAUCCAAGGAUGUCACAUUGGCUUGCUCCGAAGAGGAUCUUAAGAUACUUAAAAGGUACAAUCGAACUUGGAAUCUUCUACCGGAGAAGUGAAAGCAGCAGUACAAGACUUAUGGCAUUCACGGAUAGCGACUACGCCGGCGAUUUGGAUGAUCGGAGGAGCACAACAGGCUGUGUGUUUUUUAUAGGGUCCGGUGCGAUUUCUUGGGCAUCUAAAAAGCAGCCUGUUGUCGCCCUUUCCACCACUGAGGCCGAAUAUAUUGUCGCUGCCUUUUGUGCUUGUCAAUGUGUGUGGAUUAGAAGGAUCUUAGAGAAGAUUAGAGCUGAAGAAGAGUCUGCAACCGUCAUUCAUUGUGACAACAGUUCGACGAUUGCUUUGUCCAAACAUCCAGUCCUUCACGGGAAAAGUAAGCAUAUCGAAGUACUGUUUCAUUAUCUCAGAGAGCUGGUGAAUGGCAAAACUGUUAAGCUGGAGUAUUGUGCAACAAAAAACCAAGUUGCGGAUAUUUUUACGAAGCCGUUGAAGCUGGAGCAGUUCGAGAAACUGAGAGCACUACUUGGAAUUGUUAACUUGUCUGAAAUAAGCUUAAUUCAGGAUAGUUAA